CAGUAAAUUAGCAGACGUUACUACGUAGACCGAUGCAGGGAGCACCAUAUCGCCACGCCGAGACCUGCUCAAGUUAUGAAUGGGUGGAGGCGCUCGGAGUUGGAAAGCCCCGGAUAUCCGUGGACAUGGAUAGGGGUACUUGUGCAGGCCCAGGACGAUGGAUCGGAAACUUGCUAGCCAAGCGGGGGAGGGGCAUAGAAGCAUACAUAGUUGUAUGCAUAUAUGCCCGCUGCUGCUUCUUCGUUUUGACAUUCAUCCCACAACUUCAACAGUGAACAAUAUUUUCCAAUGGAGAUUCUUGAGGGCAGUAAUACUCUCGGCGUUCUAGUCACCUCCAGGGUGCUUGGAUGGGUGUUGGCUAUCACAAUUGCCUAUUAUGUCGGCAUGGGCAUCUACAACAUCUUCUUCCAUCCCCUGCGCCGCUUCCCCGGACCCAAGUUGUACGCCGCAAGCCGAAUCCCCUACUCCAUCGACACGGCCCGGGGAACAAUGGUCUCGACCAUCGACGCCGCGCACAAAAAGUACGGAGACGUAGUCCGCAUCGCGCCAGACGAGCUCUCCUUCAUCAGCGAGAAGGCCUGGCAAGACAUUUACGGCUUCCGUGGCCAGAGGAAGCCCGAGAUGGUCAAGGACCGGACCUGGUAUGCCGCUCCGCCCAACGGGGUCCAUUCCAUAAUCACGGCGGCCAGGGAAGACCACGCGCGUGUGAGGCGCGUCUUUUCCCAUGCUUUCUCCGACAAGGCGUUGAAAGAACAGGAGCCGCUUGUCCAGGGUUACUUCGACACCCUCAUCAGACUUCUACAUGAGAAGGCCGAAAAGGGCGUAAUCGCAGACAUGGUCCGGUACUAUAAUUUUACCACAUUUGAUAUCAUUGGUGAUUUUACCCUCGGAGAGUCUUUUGGCUGCCUCGAAAAAGACAACUACCACACCUGGGUCGCGGCUAUCUUCGCCUCGCUCAGAGUAGGAGCUUAUCUGAAUGCUAUACGAUACCAUAAGGCGCUACAGGCGCUUUACACGGCCACUCUUCCAAGAUUUCUGGAAGAAAAGCGAAUGGCCUUCUUUAAAUUUGCCGAGGAAAGAGUCCAUAGGCGCUUGAAAGUCGAGACCGACAGACCGGAUUUGGUCACGCUGUAUCAACGCACGCCCGAAAGCAGAGAGCUCACUGUGAAAGAGCUUGAAUCAACCUCACAGACGCUUCUUAUUGCCGGGAGCGAAACCACGGCAACGAUGCUUUCCGGCACGACGUACCUGCUGCUGAAACAUCCGGAGAUAAUGAAGAAACUGGUCGCUGAGAUCCGCGAGACGUUCAGUAGCCAGGACGAAAUCACCAUUGCACGGGUGAGCACCAUGCCGUAUCUGCUAGCCGUUCUCAGUGAGAGUUUGCGGUACUACCCCCCGGUUCCGACCGGAUUCCCUCGUGUGGUUCCAGAGGGAGGCGAGAGCAUCAGCGGACAUUACGUGCCCGAGAAGACCUCGGUGUACGUAUCGCAGUGGUCAGCCAAUCACAGCCCUACCAACUUUGUUGAUCCCGACUCUUUCCUCCCCGAACGCUGGCUGGGCAAGGAUCCUCGGUUCGUGAACGACAAAAAGGGCGUCUACAACCCUUUUUCGCACGGCCCCAGAAACUGUAUCGGCAAGAAUCUUGCCUAUGCCGAGAUGCGAGUCAUACUGGCCAAGGUGCUUUGGAAUUUUGACAUGGAGCUGUGCGACGACAAGACGGAUUGGUUCGACCAGAAGGUUUUCAGACUUUGGGAGAAGCCGGCGUUGAAUGUCAGACUCACGGCGAGGAGGUUGUAAAGUGGACGGAAGUAAGCGGGACUAAGUAGGGCAAGAGCCUCGACCGGGCCGUGGACCGACGGCCGACCCGGAGGCGAGGUUCUGCCGGUAUCGAUAUCUAAAGGCCAUCUGGC